CCAACCGUACGAGAAGCCAAUCAGUGCGCAGCGCCUUCCGGUACGUCAUCGCGUAGGCACGCGCACUCCUGCUAUGCGCUGCACGCUGCACGCUGCACGCUGCGGCCUGUACGUGGAUUUGGAGCAGCGGUCUCGAGUGAAAACCAUCAACAGGGUGAGAGCGGACUAACCCGGCCUAAACAUGAGCAAGAGGAAAGCGCCGCAGGAAAGCCUGAAUGAGGGGAUAACGGACUUCCUCGUAGAGCUGGCCAAUUAUGAGCGGAACGUGAACAGAGCCAUCCAUAAGUACAAUGCCUACAGGAAAGCAGCCUCUGUGAUAGCAAAGUACCCCACAAAAAUCAAGAGUGGAACAGAAGCCAAGAAACUGGAUGGUGUGGGAGCCAAAAUAGCAGAGAAGAUUGAUGAGUUUUUGGCCACUGGAAAAUUGCGGAAACUUGAAAAGAUUCGUCAAGAUGACACAGGCUCUUCUAUCAAUUUCUUAACGCGAGUCAGUGGAAUCGGGCCAGCAGCUGCUCGCAAACUAGUGGAAGAAGGAAUUAAGACUUUAGAUGAUAAAAAGACCCACUUGGACGAGGAAGUUGACGAGACGCUAUACAGACAACGGAUAGACCAAAGAAGAAGUUUUGACCACUUGAGAUACGGACAUUUGAUGAACUUUGCCAUGGAUCCCCAGUUUCCCUAGAAUUCUUAAACUUACGCUAGCCCAACAUUUUUUGUAAAUCUAAUGGCAUUGACAAAGCUUUUUGCUCACACCUAAUGGGCAACAUAGCGCAAAGAAGACGACUUUCAACUGAUACCGAACAAAACUUCAACCGACAGAUGUACAUUAACCUGACAUAGAAUACCACCGCAUUUACCGUAAUUAUGUCUUUUCUUCAUUUCUACAACCCUCAGGUAAUGACACACAUAGUAUAGGGAAUACAGGCACAGAUAUCAGCAAUCACAUAUUCCCCCAUUCAUGUAUCAUCAACUAAAAUGUGCUCCCCAUUUUGUUCAAAUCCGAAAAGAGCUCGGUAAAGUUUGACAGC